AUGCUGCGUUUGGUCCGUUGUAAAGCUUGUGAUCUUCCCCAGCUUUUGAGCAGCAAUACAGCUUGGGCAGCAGUCCCCGUUCUGCGAAGCUGCAAAUGUGUCAGGAUGCCCCAACCCAUGGGCUUAGGGAUCGCUGGUGAUGGCCUCAGAGCUGCUCCCAAGUACAUCCGGCUCUCUCAAAAGAGUGCGCACCAUCAGCGCAGAGCAAUUCUCGGGUUUUGUUUGUGA